GCCGCGCCGCCUCCGCUCGCCAUGGUUCGCCGGCUGCUGCGGUGUCUCCUCUGGGGCUGCCUGCUGACCGCGAUCCACCCAGAACCAUCCACUGCAUGCGGACAUAACCAAUACCCAAAAGACAACCUGUGUUGUGAUUUCUGCCAGCCAGGAGAGAAGCUGGUGAAGGAUUGCACAGAGAGCGCGCCAACGGAAUGUGCUUCUUGCAGUAGAGACGAAUUCCAAGCCACCUUUAACAAAGAGAGACGCUGUCACCAGCACAAAUACUGUGACCCCAACCUAGGGCUCCGGGUUCUCGUGAAGGGCACCUUGAAGACAGACACCAUUUGCAUGUGUGAGGAAGGCCAGCACUGCACCGGCAAAGGCUGUGAGAGAUGCUCCCCACACAGCACGUGCUCCCCGGGCUAUGGCGUCAAGCAGAUGGCUACAGGGACUUCUGACACCGUCUGUGAACCCUGCGGCGCCGGCUCCUUCUCCAAUGUGUCAUCUGCUUCUGAAAAGUGUAACCCUUGGACAAGCUGUGAGGCCAAAGGCCUAGUGGAGCAACAGGCUGGGACUGACAAGACAGAUGUUGUCUGUGGUUUCCAGAAUCGGAUGCGAGUCCUGCUGGUGAUCCCCAUCAUCAUGGGUGUCGUGCUGGUUGGCCUGUUGGUGUCUGCCUGUAUCAAAAAGGUGGCCAAGAAGCCAGAGGAGGAGGUGAUCCAACUCAACAACAGUAAGAGUUUGCCGGUGGAGAUGGAAGAUUCAUCUCCUGUGCAGGAGACCUUACAUGGGUGCCAGCCCGUCGCCCAGGAGGAUGGCAAAGAAAGCCGCAUCUCGGUGCAGGAGAGACUGUAAGGUGGCAGGUGCCCUGGUGUGGGCAGAUGGGCACACGCCUGGAGAGCCUAGAGUUGCUGCUGCUGCGGAGGGAGGGCGAGCGGCUGGCACUGGGUCAGCCUCGCCCCACCUGUACCCGUGGUUUGAGAAAGGAACCCUAACACAGGUUUCGGGGGGAACCUCUCACCUGAGCAGUCUCCCGACUUGCUUUUAAAGAUGGAGGCAGAUCAUUUGAGGGGGGGAGAGGACCACAUGGUAAUACCCACCAGGCCCUCUGAGCCAGCGGUACCGUGCCCAGAGACGGAGACAGGGAUUCCUAGGAGCCGGGAGAGACUUGCACCCCGUAUCAUCACAGCAGCGCCUGGGGCAGUGACUUACUGGAAGCUCCGUACCUGUCCACCAACGGGGGCUGGCGAAAUAAAACUGUAAUCUAUUUGUACAGCAGAAUCUCAAAAUCACUGUCGUGGGGGGAAAAAGGUGGCAGGAUGGUGGGUACAGAAGCCUUUUUUUUUUUUUAAAGCACGUGGCCCCUAAUAAUAUAAUGUAUCCGGUGGACCUGUAUCUAAACAUGGUGUGCGUUCUCUAUGUGGGUGUCCCAGGGUUCUGGAAGGAUACACAGCUCAAAGCGUUGUCGUUCUGGGAUGGGGAAGAAGACGAAGGGGAGGUGUGGUUAAAGGCCGACUUGACUUUCCCAUAAGGCUUCAUCUUUCCCCCGCAAAAGGAGAGUGACUUCACAUAAUGCUUAUGUAAUUAAAAAGGCAUCAUCUAUGUAAAAA